AGACACACAGAAAAAGAGAGAAUGGGAAGAGGGAGGGUUGAACUGAAGAGGAUAGAGAACAAAAUCAACCGCCAGGUUACAUUCUCCAAAAGAAGGAACGGUUUGCUCAAGAAAGCUUAUGAGCUUUCAGUUCUCUGUGAUGCUGAGGUUGCUCUUAUAAUCUUCUCUAGCCGUGGGAAGCUCUAUGAAUUUGGAAGUGUUGGCAUUACCAAAUCUAUUGAACGAUACCAAAGGUGCUCUUUUACUCCUCAAGAGGACCAUGUUGAAUGUGAAACUCAGAGCUGGUACCAAGAGGUGUCAAAGCUAAAGGCAAAGUAUGAGUCUCUUCAAAGGACUCAGAGGCAUUUGCUUGGGGAAGAUCUUGGACCGUUGAGCAUAAAGGAGCUUCAGAAUCUUGAGAAACAGCUUGAAGGAGCUUUAGCACAAGCUAGGCAAAGGAAGACACAAAUUAUGAUUGAACAAAUGGAAGAGCUUCGCAGAAGGGAACGCCAUCUUGGGGACAUGAAUAAGCAACUUAAAGUCAAGCUUGAAGCAGAGGGAUUUAAUCUUAAAGCUAUGGAAAACUUGUGGAGCUCUACUUCAGCUGCAGGAAACAGCAGCUUUCCCUUUCAGCCUUCUCAAACCAACCCUAUGGAUUGCCAACCAGAACCUUUUUUGCAAAUAGGGUACCAUCACUAUGUUCAAGCUGAGGCAUCUAAUGUUCCAAAGAGCAUGGCUUGUGAGACAAACUUUAUGCAGGGAUGGUUCCUUUGA